AGUAAAUAUCAUGCUGAUAUCAUUGCACGGAAGACCGAUUACGAAUUUUCUAUUUUCGCACAUGGUGUUUGCUACUUAUUCAACCUGAUUCGCUUGACUUGUAAUGGAUCAGACACCUGCAGUAAUGGAUAAACAUUUGGAGGUUGUACAGUGUCACAAAGAUGGAGGUAUAUUACUUGGAGCAUCAAGUCUGACUGGUAGGUAUUGGUAUGGUUCUCUAUGGUAUUACCAAAAUCCUCAACUGGCUCCAGAUGUUGAAAAAUGCACUGCCGGGGUGCAACUUGAGGCAGGACUUAAUGAUGCAUGCUGGGUAGAUGAUACAAGAGUACUUGUUGGAUUGGAUACAGGUGGUGUUGCAUUAUGGGAGUUGACUGACAAUUUACACACAUUUAUACAACAAAGCUCGGCAACAGAACAUGACAAUAUAGUAUCAUCUGUCUGUGUAUGUCAAGACAAAAAGAAAGUCAUAUCAGCUAGUUACGAUCAUUCGAUAAGAGUUUGGGAUCUCGAAAAUUUUGCAUCAGUAAGAAGAUUUAAAGGUCAUACUGAUGCCAUAUAUUGUGUACGAAGUCAUCCAACACAACCAGACCUAUGUCUCACUGCAUCACAAGAUGGGAGUAUAUUUUUAUGGGAUUUAAGAAAACAAAAACCAGCAACCAGAUUAGAUAAAUCUCCAUUGUCAAAUAUACCAACUUGUGUUGCCUGGCAACCAGGGGAGGAACAUGUAUAUGGUGUAGGAAGUAAUAGCGGUCAUCUUGUGGUACGAGAUACACGUGCAGCUGUAACAGAAUCAGUCUCUGCUAAACCACAUUAUAGAGGUAUCAACAGAAUACAGUUCUCACCAACACAGAAGAACAUGUUGGCAAGUGUGUCAGAAGAUUGUACAGCAAUUGUUGUAGAUGUUUCCACUGAUAAACCUCAACAAAUAUAUAGAUGUACCUCACAUACUGACUUUGUUAAGGGAGUGUCCUGGUCAGGGGAGAAUACUCUGAUUACAUGUGGAUGGGAUGCUCAAGUUUGCUCCCAUACCAUUUCCAGGGAUAAUAUACCAGCAAAUAGUGAAGCCGGGCCCACUAAGAUGGAAGUGAAUGGGGAACAAGGGGAGGUAACUACAGCUGAUGUAAAUGACACUGAAAAAUUAGUGACAAAGUGUAGAAUGAAUGGAGAUGGAAGUGGAGAUGUUAAUACCACCACAGAUACACCAACUUGAGAUUACUUGUAUUAUAUUGAUCUGUUAUGAAUCCAUGUCAUUAACAUGAAGAAAAAAAGAUAUUUUGUCCUCAUGUUUGAACAAAAUAAUGAUUAAGGAACAAUUUGCAGACAUUAUACUACACUGGCUGGUCAGAUGAUGUUAGCUAUGUAGAUAUUAUAACAGGAUGCAGUAAUCACAGAAAAUAACAGAAAUAUUGUGUUUAUUAAUACUUAAUAUCUCAGUUCUUUGGAAGUUUGAGUUAUAUCAUAUAAAAAAUCAUUGUAGAAAUGAUUGUUUUUUGAUUUUUAUGCCCCCACAAUGUGGGAGCAUAUAGCGUUGCACUUGUCAGUCCGUCAGUCCGUCCGUCCGCAUGUCCCGAAAUCUUGUGAACGCAACUCCUCUUAAACCGGAUGGCAGAUUUUGCUUAAACUUACAGGGAUGAACAACCUUAAUGUGUAGAUGGUAGUAAAGGAAGGAAUUUUCGCUGCAACCAAAUUUAACAGAAUUAUGGCCCUUUGUUGAUUUUUUCACUAUAUACUACAGUCCAACCUCGAUUAUUCGAAGUUCCCGGGACUGAAAAUUUACUUCGAAAAAUCGAUGGGUUCGAAUAAUCCAAAUCCGAACAUAGUGAUAGACAAAAACUACACCACUUGACCAUAUCGCAAAUUCUAGCGGAAUUAAAUGUUUACAACUCAUCUGUUACCGGUAAUCAAUCGAGAAAAACAAAUAAACAAUGAUAAAUGUUUAAAAUAUUUUUAUUGUUAACUUAAACAUAACUACUUGCAUUUUAUUUCCAGAUUCUGUAGCACAUAUAGCGUAUAGGUUAAUAUAAACAUGCAUGAACAUUAAAAAUAUCGCUGUCAUCUUCCGUAUGAGAGAAAAAAAACAACAUCGGGCACGGCGCAGGAUUUAAAUCAUAGAUAUACAUGUACAUGCAUUACAAAUGUAUUCAACAUUAUACAAGUAAUAUUAAUAUUUUAUCUUCGUCAAAAUAUAAACAAGCAACUUGAAAAGUCAUAUUAUUUUUCACUUCUAAAUGUAAUUUUCACAGACACAUUUCGGUAAUAUUAAACAUCCAAGAUUGCUCAGCAAGAAUAUCUUGUGCUAACGUAGACAUAUUGCACUGAUUUGAAAUAGAAACUGGGAAUUCACAUUUAUAAAAAAAAAACAUGACACAGUUCGCUAGUUGUUUGUUUUUAUUUGUUUAAUUUUUCAAUCUAUUCUUUAAUUAAAAUCUUAAUUUGAACAGAUUUAACCGUCCAAUUAAUAUCACAGUUUAUUUUCAUUUGUUUAGUUUCAUUCACUAAUUAAAAUAAUUAUUUUGAACACUUUUAACCGUCCAAUUAAAAGCGUACAAUUAAUGUUCGGUAAUUAAAGUUGAAAAUGUACACGCAAAUCGUUAUUAUCACGAUUAACUAAAUACACGCACCGUUGUUAGAAGUUUUUCCGCAAAGUUUUUCACAAGUCGGGACGGUCAGCGAGUCAAUCAGUGCCAAUUAGUCUGGCUUCGAAUAAUAGGUGUGAAAUUCUUAUAUAAUGAUAUAAUCGGGACCGAAAUUUUGCUUCGAAAAAUAGGAGGUAUUCGGAUAAUGCAUUUCGAAUAAUACGUUGGUAUUUAUAUUAGUUUAUAUAGAGAUGAAAACGGGACCGUAGAUCAACUUCGGAUAAUGCCGGGUAUUCGAAUAAUGGGUUGUCGAAUAACCGGGGUCGGACUGUAUGUAGAAAUUUUGUGAACGCAACUCCUCUUAAACCGGAUGGCAGAUUUUGCUUAAACUUACAGGGAUGAACAACCCUUAUGUGUAGAUGGUAGUAAAGGAAGGAAUUUUUGCUGCGACCAAAUUUAACAGAAUUAUGGCCCUUUGUUGAUUUUUUCACUAUAUACUAUGUAGAAAUUUUGUGAACGCAACUCCUCUUAAACCAGAUGGCAGAUUUUGCUUAAACUUACAGGGAUGAACAACCUUAAGGUGUAGAUGGUAGUAAAGGAAGGAAUUUUUGCUGCGACCAAAUAUUACAGAAUUAUGGCCCUUUGUUGAUUUUUUCACUAUAUACUAUAUAGAAAUUUUGUGAAUGCAACUCCUCUUAAACCGGAUGGCAGAUUUUGCUUAAACUUACAGGGAUGAACAACCUUAAUGUGUAGAUGGCAGUAAAGGAAGGAAUUUUUGCUGCAACCAAAUUUAACAGAAUUAUGGCCCUUUGUUAUUAUGGCCCUUUGUUGAUUUUUUUAUUAUAUACUAUGUAGAAAUUUUGUGAACGCAACUCCUCUUAAAUCGGAUGGCAGAUUUUGCUUAAACUUCCAGGGAUUAACAACCUUAAUGUGUAGAUGGUAGUAAAGGAAGGAAUUUUUGCUGCGACCAAAUUUAACAGAAUUAUGGCCCUUUGUUGAUUUUUAGUUUUCAACUUGUGGCACAUGUUACUACAAUAUUAUUGUAGUCCAAAAAAUAUUUGACCUAGAGUCAUAAGAUUGACAGAACAGUGGCGUAUGGGGGCAUCCGUGUCCUAUGGACACAUUUCUAGUUUAUUCUGGACAAAUCUUACUUUUUGUAUUUCAAAAACAGAAAGGCAUUGAAUUUUUACCAGUGUUUUGUUAGGAAAGGAUUGACUCUAACAGUUGAAUACCUUACAUUAGACAGCAGAUUUUCAAAUCAUUUGGAACAAGGGAAAUUUGUUCACAGUUGCAAUUAAGUUUAUCUGAUUGUAUGCGAGAUGUUUUUAUAAGCAUAAAUCAGUUUUGGUUAUCAUAGAUGCCAAAUGUUUAACAUACAUGUACUUUUCAUAUAAAGAUUUUUAUCAUAUAAAUGAUGUUUUCUAAUGACUGUUUUCUAAUGACUCGAAUGUUGUUUUGAAGGCUUUCUUAUGUUUUCUAAUGACUCGAAUGUUGUUUUGAAGGCUUUCUAAGAAAAUCUGUUUUAUUACAUUGUUGCAAUUACCUUCUAAAACCCAGCUUUAUUUUUGUGCAUUACAAUAAUUGUUACCUUUGAUUUAGUUCAAUGAUAAUUGUUCUUUGUAUAUUCUUUAAAUUUGUUUUUUGACAGUUUUAUUUUUUGUUAGUUUAAUCAGCGGUGAAGUCUAGGGAAAGUUUGAAUAGUACAUGUUAAUGAUUGGGUGAAAUUUAAAAUAUGUAAAAUGAUGGUAAUUUUGAUGAAAGACCUUCUACAGUUUCAGCAGUUUGAUUAAAAGUUAUUUCACAUUUGAAUUUAUGAAAGGGUGUAAAGUUAUUACAGGCAAAUAGUAAAAUUUACAAAGCCUGUAUGGUCACAUUGUUUUCUUAUUCUUUUGUGCAUUGUCUUGAUUGUGCAAAGUGUUAUUAAAUUAACAUACAGUAGAACUUAGGUUCGUCAAAGUUGAAGGGACUUGCAUAAAACCUUUGACACAUCGGGACUUUGACUCGUAAAUUGACAAGAAUUUAAGCCAUCGUUUUACUAUUGAGUUACAAAAGGCAUAAUGAAAGGAAAUUGUGAUAACUAAACCAGCUUAUAGUAAAAUAUAUCCGGUGUGAUUAUCACGCGUUACCUGGUCUCACAAGAUCUCAACCAAACUUAUUGGUACUGUUGACUUUGAAAUAUAACUACGGCAAUUAGAAUAAUGACAGGUAUAUUGGAGAAAAUCAACUAAUCAAAGUUCGACACAUAGAAGUUCUACUGUAUUAUAUAUGAAAACAGAAUGAAACACUCCCUAUAAAAAUAUUCAACUGUGUUUUAGAAUGUUAAACAAAACAUUUUGUAUAUGGACAGGUAUUUUAAGAUAUCAACAUUGUUCUUUGAAUUUAGGUACUUUUGUUUCAUCCAAACAAAAAAUUCACUGAUUAUAGAUAGCCCUAUAUAUAUAGAUAUAUAACUUUAUACCCUUUACUCGGGUGAUUUAUUAUUUUUUACCAGUAUUGUUUUUGUUUUGAAAUUUUGAUAGAAGUUUGCUCAUGUUGCAAGUUGAAUGAUAAUUUGUGGAUUCAUAGGAACAACUACCGUAUUCAGAAUAUUAUUUUCAGGGUUAUUAGAACUCUGAGGUAGCUUGGUUGAUGUUCAUUGAGUUGUCAGAUUUUACAAAACCUACACAACAUAAUCACUGUGAUAAUAAGACUAGAAUGAUUUCUGAGAUAAAACUUGUUACUCUAGAAGUCAGGAAUAUACGAGUAGGAUAGUAGCAAGUUUCUAUAACUGUGUGAUAUUACAAAAAUGUGCUCUUUGUAAUGCAUAGGUCAUUGAUAUAUAAUUAAAUAUAGAAAGUUGA